AGUGAGCUCAAGUGAUUUCAUCGACUUCUAUGAUUGGGAGAAAUGUGUAGUCAUUUCGCGAGUAGAUGUUACCGUCAAAACUCGGAAUGUAUAUUGUUCUGAAAGUGAUGAUCUCGUUGCAAUUGCCGGUGAUUCAUCGUUAAAAAUCCUUGACCUCAAUUGCGAAGGUGGUAAAACUCUCAGUACUGUAGCCGAAGGUGAAUAUGUUCGAGAUGGCGUAUGGGUUAUGAAUUGUUUUAUCUAUAUCACUGAGCAUGGUGAGCUUACUUACAGUGUUGGUGGUCGUUCUGAGGCAACGAUAAUGUGUUUUCUGCCUCGUCCUAUGUCAUUGAUGGUGUCUCCCGCUAAUCCAAGUCGGGUUUAUCUAAUGGACGAAGAGUUUAACUUGUUUGGUUACACUUUACCUACAAGUUUGAUUGCGUACCAGAGACUUGUGUUGCGUGGAGAGUUGGUUCAGGCUCUUGAAGUCUUCCCUUCAAUUCCUGAGGAAGAGCGUAUUAGCGUGGCACGCUUCUUGGCAGAUCUAGAAGUAACUGGUAACAAAUGUGAGACGCUCGAGGAUUUUGCUAAAGAAGAAGCACAUUGGAUAGAACUUGGCUACGUCCCACCAGGAACCAGUGUUCUAGCCUUGUAGGGAAAGAGAGGGCUACCUUCCCACAAACCAGUGUUCAAGCCUUGUAGGUGUGGAAAGAGAGGGCUAUGUCGCUUUUCUUUGUGGGUCAUAAAUAUAAUUACUCCCUAAACUUAUGAGUCUGUCUUGGUCCUCUUGG